GAUUAUAAAACAGCAAACAGCCACAGACACAGACUGUGAUUUAGGUUUUUGUAGUUAAAAUAUUUUCAUUCAAUAAGACGCUAAUCACUAAUGAACACUAGAAAUCAUGUCCAUAAAAUUUUGUGAUGUUGUGAACUGCUGAUCAUAAAUAUUGGAGGAAAUAAAAGACAACAAACACAGGUUGUUAUUAAAUCCUUGGCUGUUGAAUCACGAAUUACUCGCAUCAUUCGCGCCUGUGAAAUGUGACGUAGUUUUAAUACAGCUGCUAAUAAAGUGAAACGAACUUGCUUACUGCUCAGUGUUACUCAAUAAUCUCAGAAAUGAUCACAUCUUGAAAGAACAAAAUAAACAUGAGUCAAUUAUUUAAUUUAUCGUUCCUUAUUAUUUGCCUUUUACCUUUUUGCUUGGGACAAAGUUCGCUCGAGAAAAAGGAGAAGAUUUUAGGAGAUUUUGUUCAUUUUUUGAAUAAUUUACCUGAUAGCGUAUAUACAUAUGAUGAUGCAGUUGUUAUAAAAUCUCAAAGUCUGGAGGAUGAAAGUAAUACCUUUAACAUAGAAAUAAGGAUAAAGGCUACAGAUUUACAUAAUUUGGACAAUUCAAGAUAUCUUAAAUGCUUUGCUACUGUAAAAGAUUUAGAAUCAAGUACAAUAGAAGUCCAAAGCCAUGAAUGUCAUUUGGAAGAUGUUACACCAACUAGUGCAGUUGAAGCCGUGACCAGCAGAACUAAUUACAACACUGAAAAUGGACCAGUUAAUCUUGAAAAUGAAAUAGAGCUUAAUACAGGGACUACAUCUGGCGAACAAUUUAUAGCGGUUCCUAGCCGACAACCUGGCAUACUUUGUGUAGGGUGUUCUAGUCAUGUAAACCCUGAAGCUCCUGGAGUCAAUGAUUUGGCCAAUCUAGCUCUGAAACACAUAGACAGACAUGAUCCUACUGCUAAGCAUUCAAUUAAUGCCAUUAUAGAUGUGGAGAGACAAGUUCAGAUUGUAAAUGGUGUUAGAUAUACUUUAACACUGGCUAUAGAUUAUGAUAACUGCUCUUUGAGUGACAGUGAAAGUUGCAUAGAACAGAAAACCUGUAAAGUUUCUAUACUAGAAAAAAGUUGGAUAAAAAACCCAGAUGGUUCCAAAUAUAGGGCUUUUAUUUCAAAUAACUGCACACAAGAGUGGCUUUUUGGAGAUAAUGGGGAAGUUCUUCUGGAUGAUGAGCAUGACAACAGCGACAAAGACUUACCAGAUAACUUUAAUAACUCUUCUAAUAAACCUACUGCUAAUGAGUCAGGAGAUGAACUCAUAAAACCUAUUCAUACAACCAACAUACAGACACAACCCCAUCAAGAAAAACCUUUCACUGAUGAAGAUCUGAAAAAUCUAGAGGAACAAAUAAUACCAAAUAACCAAUUUCAUCAACUUUUCGAAAACCAAGAAGUAAAUAAAGACCAAAAUGUACCUCAUCAUCAGACUACUUAUGAAAAAUCUAAAACAGUACCAAAUAUAGCAGAAAAUUCUAAAGAAAGUGAAUAUGUUGAUAAGCCUAGUGGUUCUAAUAAUGGUAAUGGUAUUACAAGUGAAAGGAAAAAAGCGAUUGAGGAUUUAAUUAAUUUUUUUGAUUCUGCCAGUUUAGAUAAUAUUGCUGUUUCCAGAAUAAGAAGAAGUUACAGUAAAGAUCUCAAAGCAGUUUCUACAGCACAAAAAAUCCACAAAAUAACGAAAAACCUAGAAAAUGCAAAAUUUGUUUAUAGUAUGGCACAAUUAAUGGUGGAAUACUUGAAUGAGCAAAUUUCAGAAAAACAUAAGAUAUUUCUUUUAGAUGUACUAACCGCAGAAGAAGAAUAUGAAAUAAAACAUCGGUAUCUUUAUUUAAAGAUUCGUGUUGCUAUGCCAUGUCAUUAUUUCAAAAGUUGCAAAAAAAAAGAAAACCAAGUGACGUGUAGUGGAGUGAUUGUAACUAUUAAUGGAGAAGCUCCACAUGUGCGCAAUGCAGUCUGUAAUAAUAAUAUAAAGAAAAAAGGUAAAACAAAAGAUGUGGUAAAUGUAUAUUCAGAUGACCCUGUAUUAUUAAAUAUUGUUAAAGAUUCUGUAAAAAAAAUCGAAUCUGAAUCAUCAUCUCUAAAUAGUUUAAAGGUAACAGAUAUAAGCAAAACAGAAAUUAAAAAAAUUAAAGGAGUAGGGACUGAGAUACAUAUUGUUUUAUCUUUGGCUUAUACAAAUUGUGACAAGCAUACUGCAUAUUCUAGAAGAGGGACUUGUACAAUUUUAUAUAGUAAAGGAUCAAAGGUAUGUGAUGUACACAUUCUGAAAGAUUUAUCUUAUGAACAGAAGCAAAUGAAUUAUGAUUGCACAGACAUACCACUUGAUACUAGUUUUUCUAGUUUACAUGAUGAUGACUUGAGUAGCUUGCACGUCAAAGAAUUAGCCCACAAAUCUUUAAAUAAAUAUUUACAGUCAGUGGGAAAUACUCAAACCCAUCUGAUUUUAAGUAUCGAAAAAGCGACCAAGCAGAUUGUUGCGGGAUUGAAAAGAACAAUAGAUUUUACAGCCUCGCGCGAAGGCCAACCUACAGACUUAAUACGUUGUCACUCUGACAUAUGGGAACGACCGUGGCUAAAUAAAGAAGAUAUAACCGUAACUUGUAAUAUAGAACUGGAAGAGUCAAGAGUACGGAGAGGAAUCCCGGGUGGUAUAAGUGAUGAUGAUCCAAAUAGUCCACGCGUUAAAGAAUUAGCCCACAAGUCUUUAAAUAAAUAUUUACAAUCUGUGGGCAAUACUCAAAAUCAUCUUAUUUUAAAAAUCGAAAAAUCAACCAAGCAGGUUGUUGCGGGUACGAAAAGAACAAUAGAUUUUACAGCCUCGCCCGAAAGCCAACCAACAGACGUAAUACGUUGUCACUCUGACAUAUGGGAACAACCGUGGCUAAAUAAAGAAGAUAUAACCGUAACUUGCAACAUACAACCGGAAGAGUCAAGAGUACGGAGAGGAAUCCCGGGUGGUAUAAGUGAUGAUGAUCCCAAUAGUCCACGCGUUAAAGAAUUAGCCCACAAAUCUUUAAAUAAAUAUUUACAAUCUGUAGGCAAUACUCAAAAUCAUCUUAUUUUAAAAAUCGAAAAAGCAACCAAGCAGGUUGUUGCGGGUACGAAAAGAACAAUAGAUUUUACAGCCUCGCCCGAAAGCCAACCAACAGACGUAAUACGUUGUCACUCUGACAUAUGGGAACGACCGUGGCUAAAUGAAGAAGAUAUAACCGUAACUUGUAAUAUAGAAUCUAAAAAGUCAAAAGCACGGAUAGGAAUCACGGGUGGUGUAAGUGACGAUGAUCCUAAUAGUCCACACGUUAAAGAAUUAGCCUACAAGUCUUUAUAUAAAUAUUUACUAUCAGUAGGCAAUACUCAAAAUCAUGUAAUUUUAAAAAUCGAAAAAGCAACUAAGCAGGUUGUUGCGGGAGCGAAAAGAACAAUAGAUUUUACAGCCUCGCCCGAAAGCCAACCAACAGACGUAAUACGUUGUCACUCUGACAUAUGGGAACAACCGUGGCUAAAUAAAGAAGAUAUAACCGUAACUUGCAACAUACAACCGGAAGAGUCAAGAGUACGGAGAGGAAUCACGGGUGGUGAAAGUGAUGAUGAUCCUAAUAGUCCACACGUUAAAGAAUUAGCCUACAAGUCUUUAAAUAAAUAUUUACAAUCUGUGGGCAAUACUCAAAAUCAUCUUAUUUUAAAAAUCGAAAAAGCAACCAAGCAGGUUGUUGCGGGUACGAAAAGAACAAUAGAUUUUACAGCCUCGCCCGAAAGCCAACCAACAGACGUAAUACGUUGUCACUCUGACAUAUGGGAACGACCGUGGCUAAAUAAAGAAGAUAUAACCGUAACUUGCAACAUACAACCGGAAGAGUCAAGAGUACGGAGAGGAAUCCCGGGUGGUAUAAGUGAUGAUGAUCCCAAUAGUCCACGCGUUAAAGAAUUAGCCCACAAAUCUUUAAAUAAAUAUUUACAAUCUGUGGGCAAUACUCAAAAUCAUCUUAUUUUAAAAAUCGAAAAAUCAACCAAGCAAGUUGUUGCGGGAUUGAAAAGAAUAAUAGAUUUUACAGCCUCGCCCGAAAGCCAACCAACAGACGUAAUACGUUGUCACUCUGAUAUAUGGGAACGAGCGUGGCUAAAUGAAGAAGAUAUAACCGUAACUUGUAACAUAGAAUCUAAAAAGUCAAGAGUACGGAGAGGAAUCACGGGUGGUGAAAGUGAUGAUGAUCCUAAUAGUCCACACGUUAAAGAAUUAGCCUACAAGUCUUUAAAUAAAUAUUUACAAUCUGUGGGCAAUACUCAAAAUCAUCUUAUUUUAAAAAUCGAAAAAUCAACCAAGCAGGUUGUUGCGGGAUUGAAAAGAAUAAUAGAUUUUACAGCCUCGCCCGAAAGCCAACCAAUUGACAUUAUACGUUGUCACUCUGUCAUAUGGGAACGAGCGUGGCUAAACGAAGAAGAUAUAAACGUAACUUGUAGCAUACAACCUAAAGAGUCAAGAUUACGAAGAGGAAUCCCGGGUGGUGUAAAUGAUGAUGAUCCUAAUAGUCCACACGUUUUUUCGUUCAAUGUUUUGCAGAGGAACAAAAGGCAAAUUGAGAAAGAUGAUGACUAUAUUGACGAGGACACUAAGUACUACUAUGCAGAUAGAGCUAUUCAGUAUUUGAAUGAUAAAUCGGAUACUCAUAAUUUACAAAAGCUUAUAAGCAUUCAAGCAUUCCAAACAAGUAUUAACAUGGGCACCAAUACUGUCAGAAUGUAUAUUGAAACUGCUUAUACAUAUUGCUUACGAAACAAAGAUGAAAAUAACCUCGAUGUUUGUGAAGAGUUCGCUGGCAUGUAUCACAGACUUUGUUAUGCCCGAUUGUGGCCAUCUCCAGACGAUGAACUCGUUGUUCAAAGUAUUUCAGUUGUUUGCGACGAUGAGAAAGAAUUUAAAGAUGUUACUGGUCUAUCGAUUGCAGCUCUUAUUACAACAUCUCUCAAGGAACUCGAGUCAUCGCCCGAAGUAAAAUACAAAAUAGUACAUUUAGGUGAACCUCAUUUAGUGGCUUCACUUGAUUCCCGUGUUCCUAUUAAACUAAACUUCAUAGCCGCACCUACAAACUGUUCAAAAUCUAUAAGCGAUUAUCACGAAUAUCGUUAUAAAUGCUUUAUUGACGAAAGUAGAACUCCAAAACCUUGCAUUUCACGGAUCUGGAUGUCACCAAAUACAAAAAAAAUUAAGAAACUAAGUGUAAAGUGUAGUGCUGAGGAGUUGCCGCGUAGAAAGCGCUUUAUAGACCUGGAAACUCAACAUUUAUCAGAAGACGAAAAUACUAUAAAGAAAUUAGUCGAAGAUUCUAUUAACAAAAUAGAGGCGACAUCAUUAAAUAGAUAUAAACAAAGAUUGAUACAAAUUAACAGCUACAAUACCAAAAUAACUAGUGCCAAGAUAACUACGAUCGACUUCGAUGUAGGUUUUACAUCUUGCUUUAAAUAUGAAUGGGUUGAUGAUACAACGAAAUGUGACUUUUUUAUUCAUAUUCCAAAAAGACAUUGCAUUUCAUAUAUAACAGAAAGAUUAUGGGUCGAUAACGGUAAACAGAUCGACGUCAGUUGCGAAGAUGACGAUUCCUCGAUAAAUCCUAAAAUUGAUUUAGAAGGUAGCGAAAAUGCUAAACAAAUGGCAAACGAGGCAUUAAAACACAUAGAAGCUAAAUAUCCUCAUCCAAAAAGGCAAAAAGUGGUAAGAAUAUAUUCGUUAGAAAAGCAGGAAGUGGCGGGCUUACAUUAUAGAAUGAAAUUGGAAGUCGGCCCAACUAAUUGCUCAGCUUUGAGUGUAACAAACGAUUGUAAUCUGGUCAAUAAUUCUGCUACGAACAAAUUUUGUCGUGUGAAUGUUUGGAUACGCCCGUGGACCGAGCAUCCCCCCAUCAUUAGGGUUUCAUGUGAUGAUCAAGACGAUGGAAAUGGAGAAUUGUAUCAUAAUAUUCAAGCUCAGCAUCUCUUCUCAGAAUUCCUUAAAACGUAUACACCGAGUUACAUCGAUGACCACCAAGAAAUGGUGAAAAGGUUCGAGAUAUUCAAAGCAAAUGUAAGAAAAAUACACGAAUUCAAUGUUCACGAGCAAGGGACUGCGAGGUAUGGCGUUACGAGAUUCGCCGAUUUAACUUACGUAGAGUUUAAGGAGAAACAUUUAGGCUUAAAACCGGGUCUUAAAAAUUCAAAUAAUAUUCCAAUGAGACAAGCUGACAUUCCUCAAAUAACCGUGCCCGAUUCAUUCGAUUGGAGGCAUUACAACGCUGUUACCGAAGUGAAGAAUCAAGGUUCAUGCGGCAGCUGUUGGGCAUUUAGCGUUACAGGAAACAUCGAAGGUCAAUGGAAGAUUCGUUCUGGUAAUCUCGUCUCAUUAUCCGAACAGGAAUUGGUGGAUUGUGACAAAUUAGACGAUGGCUGCAAUGGUGGACUCCCUGAUAACGCUUAUCGGGCAAUAGAGCAGCUGGGCGGGCUGGAGGUCGAGACCGACUACCCGUACGAGGGCGCGGACGACAAGUGCAGCUUCAACAAGACGCUCGCCAGGGUUCAGAUCACCGGGGCCGUCAAUAUCACGUCCAACGAGACUGAUAUGGCCAAGUGGCUAGUCAAGAACGGCCCGAUAUCUAUCGGUAUUAACGCGAACGCCAUGCAGUUUUACGUGGGUGGCAUAUCGCACCCGUGGCGCGUGCUGUGCGACCCCACCAACCUCGACCACGGCGUCCUCAUUGUUGGAUACGGCGCGAAAGACUAUCCGCUGUUCCAUAGACACAUGCCGUACUGGAUAGUGAAGAACUCGUGGGGGCCGAGCUGGGGCGAGCAGGGCUACUACCGCGUCUACCGCGGGGACGGCACCUGCGGCGUCAACAAGAUGGCGAGCAGCGCUGUCGUUUGAACGUCUUACGUACCAUCGAGGAAUUUGAUUCCUAGGCAGGUGACGUCAUUUGGUCGAAUCAUGUCAAUUCAAUAUUAGUCAUGAGCUGUCAGCUGGGUUAAACAUAACGCUGCCAAAUUACGUAAGUCCGCCAUCUGCCUACGAAUCAACUUCUCUGAUAGUAGGUACUUUAAUGUCCAAUUUUCGAAAUGACAGGAGUUUGUCUAUUCUCUAGCGCUAUCGAUUAGUUGACGUCAAAAAUGUACCAAUCGGCAAAGACAUUGAAUACAUAAAGGUACAAUUCCGUGCAUCGCGAUCGAUCGCGGCCGCGCGCGGCCUACGACUGUCGUCGGCCAUGCGCGUCUGUCGCGGGCCUCGGAAGCGGUGCCAUACAUUUUUAUACACUGACUAUUGUCGCGACAGGCCGACGACAGUCGUAGCCCGCGCGCGGUCGUGAUCGAUCGCGAUGCACGGACUUGUACCUUAAACUAUUGUCGAAAAACGUCAGAAAAACUGGGUACUACUUGUUGGUUAUUACACUUAUUACAAUCAAAAUUCGAAUACCGUAUCGGUAGAUGAGCUUUGCGUUUGUGCAAGUGUACAGUUGCUAUUUCGUCUAUGAUAGGGACUUAAGUGAGGCCAUAUUGUUUUGUUGAAUUGUUGUCACAAUGUCGGAGACGUUUUACAUGUAAUGAUCAGCCCCGCGGUUUUUUUGAUGGAACGAUAGAUUUUUUUGUCUUUUCGCGUCAACGAUAGUUACGGUACGUCGGAUUGUCCCACGCACUUUACUGUUUGCACCGAUGCAAUGCUCAGCUUGGGCGUCAUGGAAUUUCAAUCAAAAU